CUCUCGCUGGUCGUGGUGGGAGUUUGAGAAGCGAAACGAUCGAGCCGCGCCUCUCGGUCUGGAGAAGCGCUAGUCCGAUGAAGAGCAUAAGAGCUGGGCGCCUGCGUGAUGAAGUAACUGAGCCAGUUGGCCGCUCCCUAGUUCUGGCGGUCCUGCUUUUGUCAAGAUGAACAGAAUGAAGAUUGAUGAGGAAGAAUAUUGGCAUAGUUCUAAAUGUAAAGCCUUUACUUUUGAUGAUGAAGAUGAUGAGCUCUCUCAGCUGAAGGAGUCUAAACGAACAGUGAACAGCCUCCGGGAUAUCGUGGAUGAUGAUGAUGAACUGGAGAAGUUCAGCUGGAGUGGGGAGCCUGUGGGCAGCAUUUCCUGGUCAAUUAAAGAAACCGCCUCUAUCAGCAGCAGUUCCUUUGAGGGAAGAGACUUGGGUCAGCCAAAGAGCACUUCUUCCUAUGCAGCAUUUCCAAAGCAAGCCUCAUCUUACUCACUAAGCAGCUUUUUUAAAGGAAGAAACAAACAUGGGAGUUUUCAGUCACUUUCAGAUGCUCUUACAGACACUGGAUUUAAAAACUAUGCCCCAGAACUACGCAGACCAAAAGCAGAAUAUAAGGACUACAGUAAUGAAUGGAGCCCAAAAGAUACAGUGAGACGGCUGCGAAGAGGAAAGGUCUGCUCACUGGAGAGGUUUCGCUCUUUGCAGGACAAAUUAUUGCUGCUGGAUGAAGCUGUUGCAGCGCAUGAUGGGAAUGUUAUUACAGCUAUUCUAAUAUUUCUGAAGAGGACCUUGAAAAAAGAGAUCCUUUUCAGAGAGCUGGAGCUGCGGCAAGUGGCUUUGUGCCAUUUGAUCCAUUUUCUUAAGGAGACUGGGGACCAAAAGCUCCUUCUGGACCUGUUGAAGUUCCUGGACAGGACAGAGGAGGUUGCACUAACACAGUACCGUCAACACCUGACUAUCCAGGAUGCUGAGAAACGAAAAGAGUUCCUCAAAGGUUGCAUUGGGUUAUCCUUUUCAUCGGAGGAUGCUGCUCAUGUUCAAGAUCAUUAUACACUUCUAGAGAGGCAGAUCAUAAUUGAGGCAAAUGACAAGCAUUUAGAGUCAGCUGGACAGACUGAGUUAUUUCGGAAAUACCCUCGCAAGGCCUCCAUCCUCAACAUGCCACUGGUCACCACACUCUUCUACUCCUGCUUCUACCAUUACACGGAGUCUGAGGGCACAUUCAGCAGUCCAGCAAACUUGAAGAAAACUUUUAAGAUUUCAGACAAACAGUAUGCGCUGACAGCUUUGGCUGCUCGUGCCAAGCUCCGAGCUUGGCAUGAUGUGGAUGCUCUGUUUACCACCAAGAACUGGCUAGGCUACACCAAAAAGAAAGCCCCCAUUGGUUUCCAUCGGGUGGUGGAGAUUUUGCAGCGGAACAAUGCCCCAGUGCAGGUUCUACAGGAGUACCUGCGUCUAGUGGAAGAUGUUGAAACCCGGUUGAAUCUUGCCAUGAAGUACAAGUGCCAUGAUGUGGUUAUAGAAACAUACAGAGACAUGAAGGACCGUCUCCAGCUGAUGGCAUAUAGAUGUAAGGUUGAGCGGGGUUCUUCACCAGAGGAGAAGAUUGAUAGCAUCAUCAACAACCCACAAAUACGGUGGAAAAAUUGAGGGCUUGUCACUCAUCUCAGAAGCAGCCUGAGUUUGCCAUUGGCACAGUGAAGGCAGAGAAGAAAACUGCCAAGCUCGGCUCUGCAUCAGCUUUCAGCCACUGCCUUGUUAGUCUGUUGUCAGCUGGCACUGCCUCUGGAUCCUGCGACAGGAACAGACGUCUGGGCACUGACGUGAGCCAAAAGAGAUGUCCAGCCAAUGGAACACAGUGCUGACAAGCUGACGUCUCUGCUCUCUCUUCUCAGCUUGACCAUAUGAUGAAGAGGACAUCAUUGUAUGGGUGAGAGCAGAUGAGCAGCCAGUGCUGCUGCUUCUUGGAGACUAUUUACCUACUCAUUUGAAAGGAUCAAGAGAACUGCGUACAAUGAAGAAUCUGCCUGUAUAGGAUUUGCUUCCAAUCCGUCCACGUGUCUCAUCUAGGCCUAAAUGCUGGGACAGUGGCUGUCUCAAUAGGAUUAGAACUCUGGCCUGGACAGCAUUUUUACCUCCAGUGCAAAUUAAACAAGAGAACUGUAAUGCUUAUUUAAACUGGGCUAAGUUGUGAAAAGAUGCCUGUGGGACAGACUUCCCUGACCUGGUUCAUCCAGGUGUGUUGAACUACAAUCCCCUUAAUCCCUCAGACAGCAGAAAUGGUUGAGGGAUUGUGGUGAUCCAAUACAUCUGGAGGGUACUAGGCUGAAGAAGGCUGUUUUAAGAGAUAAACACACUCCAGUCAGAACUGGAAAACAACCCCAGGUGGAGGCUCUCAAGACUGCUCCUGUGCUUAUUGGACAACUGAAAUCACAUGUUCCCUCAACAAGGGCUAAUAAAGCUAUAUUGUCCCUUAGCACUUGUGUGCUUCAAGGUGUGCAGCAAGCCAGAUCUCUCUAGGCUUUGCUUUUGUUAAUGGGACUCCUCUGCUCUCCUUAUCUUUCAUUUUCCUUCCCUGUAAAUAAAGCUAUGUGCCUCCCUC